GAAACCGGAAUCAGUUAAUCAUGACAAGGAGAAGUGCAUGAGCGCCUAAUUUGAUCGUGUUCUAUAUACUCGAUCUUGAAAGCGGUACAGUACCACCAGAAUCAAUCUCACUUCCGUUUUGUUUCCUCUUCAUACAUCUCUUUUCUCUGCAAUCAUCUUACUUGUAACCAUAUACAACUAGCUAGACAAGUUUCUUUUUCCCCAGUACUUCGACGAUGAGCUCCGGUGUCCUUCCUCCUGCUCCUCCUUCCCCCGGUGUCGGUGCACGGCGCAAAGGGCCAAAAGGCCAUGUCUUACCCACUCUCCCCCUGUCAGCUUUUACUCCCCCGAAUAGUGGUACAUCUGAGCAAUUCCCUCGCCCACCAAGCCCUAGCACAAUCCAGCCAGAGAAAGUGAUCGAUGCGAACGUGAUUGCUCCUACCCGCGAUUUGAGUCGAUGGAAGAAAGAGAUUGGACAGGAGCUGAACGAUGAGAAGAUCGGAGGUGUUGUGAUCAACUUGACUGGUGUCGCUCCUGAUGCGAUUGAGAAGGCGGUGGCAGGUAUUUCCGCUUCUUCAACUUCAAUGCCUGUCGUUGGCAUCUUGGUCCCAUUCUCUCUUGAGAACGGCGCACCGGAUAGCAUACCUGCCUAUCUUUCUGGAUCAUCGCAACCACCUGUCAUUUUGGCGUCGACAUACGCGAAGUCCACACCGAAAGCUGUCGAAGCGCUCAACUGGGCUCUCACAAAUGGCUUCUCUGUCGAUCUUGACAUUCAAGCAAACCUACGGGACGGCGAGGGCGAAUGGGAAGCAUUAGAGGAUUUCUUCGCCAACGCCAUCCCAAGGUCAUCGCCAAUCCCUGACGCCAAAGUAUUCUUGUCUGUUAUAGCGAACCUUCUACCACCUCCAGAUGACUUCUCGUUACCUAUCGUCAAGCUUCUUACUCACCCUACAUAUCAAGCCUAUCAAUCACACACCGCGGCGCUUUCCCUGUAUUCCAAUGUUUUCAUCAAGUUCCUUCCCCCGGUCUGGGGCACGCCUACACCUCCCACUCCAGCUCCUACUCAAACAACGACACCCAGUUCAUCAGAUGCUACCACUCCUGGGGGUGCGUCUGCCCCCUCAGGAAGGGACACAACGGAGAAGAAGGAAUGGAAGCGUAGGAUCAAGAUGUACAUUGGCCCUGCACUUGAAGCAUUUGGAUUCCAAAGAAUCAUCUACGGAUCUUCACCGUCGCCUUUAUCUCACUCUGCUUCCAAUGCCGGUGAUUGGUACGAACUCGCUCGCGAGUCGUUCGCAGAGCUCGGUGUCGAGCAGGAAGGUGUCGAUGCUGUCUUCUAUGGCAAUGCGAAGCGCGCCUUCGGUUUGUCAUAGUAGGGCCGGUGAAGUACAUGAAAGGAAGGGUUCAAGUCCUGUUCAGUGAUAUAGCGAUAGGGAUAUAAACGAAUGGAUAUAUAUGAUAGUAGAACGACGGGAUGUGUAUGUAUAACUUGGUUGUACGAAAUUACUUAUUUAUACCAUGUACUAAACCACACUGACUGAAUUGCAACCCUGAGCCCUUCUAAUAAGCGAUGAAGGCGAACUGAAGGCGAAUCAAAGUAUGCAACCUCAGCGAC